AAACGCAACGCCAGGAUUUUGAUAUUGGCUCCUGUGGAUGUGAACAAGAUCGAUUUCAGGAGCGAGCAGGUUUUCGAUAAUUGAAUAUUUAUAUAUAUACUCUCAGACAAUUUCCUUCUCAUGCCCCGAUAACAGCUAUUCGGUCCAGUCUCCAAUUUACACAAACCAUGGCUACUCCGCAACCCCCUCUGCGGUUCACCUCCCAUCGCCAGCUUGCACUCCGCCUUGUUCUCUCGACCCUCACUGGGCGUCCGGUUCAUAUAUCUCAAAUCCGGCCGUCCGAUCCCAUCCAUACGGGGCUUGCUCCCCAUGAGAUUUCAUUUCUACGACUCCUCGAAGCUGUUACCAAUGGCUCACACAUGGAAAUUUCCUACACUGGAACCAUCGUUCUCUACAAACCGGGGCUUAUAACAGGGAGCGCACCCGGGUCUGGUGCAAGCGGGGGUGUGAUAAAGCAUGAGAUCCCUUCCAACUGUGUUCGCGGCAUUAGUUAUUUCUUAUUACCAAUGUGCCUCCUUGCGCCAUUCUCCAAAGCACAGUUUAAUAUCCUCUUCACCGGUCCUGGUGUCAUUACCUCCUCCACCCCAACCGGCGAUAUGUCUGUCGAUAGUGUGCGGACUGCUAUUCUUCCGUUAUUUUCUCAAUUUGGCAUUUUCAACAAUAUCGAGCUGCGUGUGUUGAAACGGUCAAAUCCCGGCCCCAAUGGAAAAGGUGGAGGAGGAGAGGUUCAGCUGGUGUUCGGUCACCAGGUUCGACUUCCGAAGACGCUACACUUGCUAAACCCCGGUAGAAUAAAGAAAAUACGUGGUGUGGCAUAUGCUGUAGGCGUAUCUGGAUCUCAUAACGCCAGGAUGAUUGAAGUUGCGAGAGGCAUCCUGAACCCCCUUUGCCCCGAUACCUAUGUGUUUUCAGACGUCUCUUCGGCGCCUUUAGUCGCUGCACCGACCAGAGAUAACCCUUCUAACAAAAAGAAGAUGGGCCUUGGGUUUGGGCUGUCUUUAGUCGCUGAGUCCUCCACGGGUUGUUUAUUUUCCGCUGAUGUGGCCUCGUUACCCACCGGUGGGGAACCCCCAGAAGAUAUCGGGAAACGGUGUGCGUACCAACUCCUAGAGUCCGUCUCAGUGGGUGGAUGUGUCUCGAAGGCUGCGGCUCCAACGAUGAUAACGCUGAUGGCGAUGGGCUCUGAAGACGUAGGAAGACUGCAAGUGGGAAGGGAUGUCAUCGCGGAUGAGUCCAUGGUCCAGUUCGCCAGGGACCUAAAUAAAUUCGGUACUCCUGGGUGGGGAAUUAGGGACGCACCUGGAGAAAAUGACUCAGGGGACGUGAUCAUUAGCGUUGUUGGCAGAGGAAUAGGAAAUGUUGGGCGGAAGAUUGCCUGAUUAACUCGUUUCCGAUGAAGCAGGGGGGCUCACUGCCGCCUGUGCCCUAUCCCCUCGCAGAGCUCCUCAUGUGCGCUGGGCGACUCCAUAGGAGACGUAUUCAUACCAAUACUUUAUUAGAUAUAUACCCCUGUAUGGUACAUCGCACGGAUCACACUGCAGCGACUAACAGGUUUGGACCGAAAUAAUCUGCCCCUUCCGGCCGAUCCGCAUUGACACAACAUACCUCCGUGACAUGCGCUCAAAGCGCGAGGACAGUAUACGGCCUGGCUGGCAUUUAGCACCCACCGCCGUGCACCGCAAGUCCGGGUUCAACAAAAAGAAAGGAAGGCCAUCCGGGUCUUAUCAAUAUCUUCACGUGUCGACGUCUGGUUCUUUCGCGUGGGAUGAAAAAGAUAUGCGAGAGAUGGCAGGUGCGCGCGAUAUGGCCAUGGCACCUUCCUGGCCCAUGGGAUGUAUCUCCACAGGAACUGAUAUGGAAGGAACCAGAACAAAGCUUGGGGCUGCUGGUUGAAGCCUUCCUAUAUAUAUCAAGCUUGACAACCCCUUAAAACUUCUUCCUCGACUCGUUUUGUCUCUCGGCUUCACGCUCUUCAUCACUUAAUGUAUAAUAUUUCCGCUCUGAUACCAUCGGUCUAGAAUGCCAGCUAUCAAGUCAGCCAUUCCCACAUUUCCUCCACCUAUACUUUGUGUGAUCUUCGAAUCAUCCGCCAUGGGGGUGCAAGGGUGAACAUCCAUGACUUUGAUUCAAUUUGAUCCCUCAAUCGAAGCCGCCCACCUAAGCAUCUCAGUUGAGCUCCACCGCAGUUAUCUCUGGCGAUGACCGUGAACCGGCUUAAUACCUCUACAAAUAGCCCUACGGGUCCGUGGCCAGGUAUCCUCCUGAUCAUGAACAAUGGGGAAAUCUAUGCAAGUUGGGACAAUUUAGGGGGACAUCAUUGUUUCCUCCUACAUAUAAUUAAUUAGAGGGGGGUGAGGGAGGGGAGUCAGUGUCGCAAGACAAGACUACAAUUUCUUAUGAUAUUUUCAAAACAAUUGUCUGAUCUGCCAACUCGUGGUUCUCUCUUAGGGUUUAUUCACACAUAGACAAGAAAUUUACCUGUCUUUUGACCGGGGGAAAACUGCCAGAAGGAGCCAUAGUAAAAUCAACUAUGAGGCCAUAAUAGAUCAAUCGGUAUUUGUUCCUUUGAUGGCUUGCGUAGGACAAUAGGCAACAAAAAACGCGUUUUCAGAAUUGAUGAAAAUAGUUAAAUCACAAGAUAAACCAAAAAAAGAAAAGAAAAGAAAGGGGGCACAGCGACUGUACACAGAUAUAACUUCAGAAAGUGAGGAUGUAAUUCAAGAGUUAAUAAUGAAGGGGAAAAGAGAUAAAUAAGAGAGGAGACAAAAACAAUAGAGGAAAAAGUAGAAAGCCCAAAAUGCCGUACAAAAACCACCGCCAUAUUAUCCCAGUUCCAUUUCAGUUGAAGGGUAUUUUUUUGGUUGCAAAAAAAGGAGGGGGGGGGGAAGAAAAAACAAAGAAAAUGAAACAGGAAACAGGAAAUUGUUGAAGAUAAAAAUAUAUAUAAAAAGAAAGAGAAAAAAGAGACAGCAAAGUAAAAUAAAAUAAAAAGACGAACACACCUAAUAUUUUUUCUCUUGCCUCCUCACCUAUAUUAAUCAAGCUUACUUCUUUUCAAAU